AAACAUGACGGAAUGUGGGAAUCUUGAACACAGCACGCCAGUUUUGCUGUCUCUGUCUAGAUAUUUAAGAAGUGGAGCAAGGCAUUCAACCGACCAUCCUUCCUGCUCAGACUGUGGGGAGGGAUUCACUUGGAUCAUCUGACUGACUGGCACGUCCGUCAUUUUACAGAGCGGAGAGGCCGUUCACCUGCUCAGAUAGUGGGAAUGGAUUCACUCAGUCAUCUCAACUGAGGGGACAUCAGCAGGUUCACACUGGGACAAGACCAUUCAUCUGUUCUGUGGGUGAGAAGGGAUUCAGUUGGUCUUCCCACCUGUGGACACACCAGUCAGUUCACACUGGGCAGAGGCUGUUCAUCUGCUGAAUUUGUGGGGAAGGAUUCACUCGGUCAUCUGACCUAAUGGCUCACAAGCGAGUCCACACUGAGGAGGGGCCAUUCACCUGCUCGGACUGUGGGAAGGGAUUCACUCAGUCAUCUCAACUACUGAUACAUCUGUCAGUUCACACUGCAGAGAGGGAUUUCACCUGCUCAGACUGUGGGAAGAGAUUCCCUCACUCUUCCACCCUACAGAGACAUCAGCGAGUUAACACUGGGGAGAGGCUGUUCAUCUGCUCAGUCUGUGGGAAGAGAUUCUCUCGGUCAUCCCACCUACAGAGUCAUCAGCAAGUUCACACUGGGGAGAAGCUGUUCACCUGCUCAGACUGUGGGAAGGGAUUCACUCGAUCAUCCAACCUACAGAGACACCAGCGAGUUCACACUGGGGAGAGGCUGUUCAUCUGCUCAGUCUGUGGGAAGAGAUUCUCUCGGUCAUCCCACCUACAGAGUCAUCAGCGAGUUCACACUGGGGAGAAGCCGUUCACCUGCUCAGACUGUGGAAAGCGAUUCACUGAAUCAUCCACCCUAUUGGCACACCAGUCACUUCACACUGGGGAGUGGCGAUUUACCUGCUCAGAAUGUGGGAAAGGAUUCAGUCAGUCUUCCAAACUACUGGCACACCAGUCAGUUCACACCGGGGAGUGGCCAUUCACCUGCUGUGAAUGUGGGAAGGGAUUCACUUGGUCAUCCAAAUUACUGGCACACCAGCGAGUUCACACUGGGGAGAGGCUGUUCACCUGCUGUGAAUGUGAGAAGGAAUUCGCACAACCAUCUGAUCUACAGAUACACCAGCGAGUUCACACCGGGGAGAGGCCGUUCACCUGCUGUGAAUGUGGGAAGGCAUUCACACGAUCAUCUCAUCUACUGAGACACCAGCGAGUUCACCCUGGGUAGACGCUAAUCACCGGCUCAGACUUUGGGAAGAGAUUCUCUUAGCCAACUUCACCAAACGUGCAUCAUUCAGUUCACACCGGGGAGAGGUGGUUCACUUGCUGUGAAUGUGGGAAGGGAUUCACUCAGUCAUCUAUCCCUGUGACACAUUACUGGGUUCACACUGGGGAGAAAGUUUCAAUAAGCUGCUUGCUGGAUAUUUGCCCAUCACCGUUGCUGAAUGCAAUUUUGAGAGUGACUGUCGGUGCUGAACUCUGCAAUUAUUGCUGCUGGUCACCACACCCAGUUCUGCACCCUGGUCACUGGGCAUGGGAGGAGUUUCUUCUGCUGCAUAUUCACCUUUAAUGGGACUGGAGUUUAAUAAUCCGGAUCUGAGACAAAUAAAUCAGUUCUAUUUUGAACUCUGUCUCCGGUACUUAGUAAAUUUAUAACAUACCUAGUGUACAUUAGAGAGUCAGCUCAGGCCGGCUGGACCCUACCAGUGAUUCUGUUCCACGAAAAUCCUUUUACAUCUUGCCCUGUUGUUCAUCUCUCGCUCUCCCUGUGGUGAUGGGUUCCAAACAGUCACCACUCUGUGGGUGAAGAGGUUUCCCUUGAAUUUUCUGCAGACUGAAGAAGUCGAGCUGACUGCAGUUCUGUCUGAGAUGUUCUUCCCGCUGAAAUCUCUGGACUGAGGAAGAAUAACACUGGUAGUUAACCUCCUUAAUUACGACUCAUUUCCACAUUAUGGGCCAUUUUCCCUGCUUCAAAAGGGUUGUUAGAAAACACCACUGUCCUCUAAAGAUUGAAAGCAGAAUGGGAAACCAUCAGUUGGACAUUCAACGGAGCAGGGUCAGAAACCAGAGGAACCCCUCUGUUUCUGGGAAGAGGUCUCCAUCUCUCAGUCAGGUGCUCGAUGCUUCCUUGUCACUGUCUCGUCUGUUCAGAUCAUUGGGAUGUCUCCCAUGGAGGGUCAUACUCAUUCCACUGGUUAAUGUUUUCUUCCAUAGUGAUGAUACAUUUCUCUGAGUUGGUCUUUCAUUAAAAUUUUCUGCUCUGAAUUUCUUAUCACGAUUGCAUAUACACACAUGGAGCGUUGAAUCCUGUUCAUUUUUGAUGGAAAUAUAUACCUAGAAGUUUUAUCUGACUUGUGUGAUUUUUUUUUCAUAUGUGUUUUUUCUCUUCCUCCUUCUGUCCGAGGCAUUGUUAAUCUAAGUGGGUUGAGUUUAAAAACUCUUUUCUAAAGUUGUCAUUUCAGUUCUUAUUUAUCUUUGUAAAUUUUACUGAUUGA